UGUUAGUGUACAGCUGGGCGCUCGGCACUCACCAAACAGUCCUGCCCCUCACGAGCUGUAUAACUACCCCGGCUUACUUUUGUCUACAAACUUUUCGCAGAGACGUGCAAGUUCUUCACUCCUGGUUAGUUCGCAUCCGGAGGCGCCUCGUGUCCACACUGGAGUUGGGAUCUAGCUGUAGCGGAUUACACACACAGAGAGAACGAGUGUACGUGUGUGUCUGUGAGAGAAAGAGAGAGAGAUGUGGACGCAGCCCCGGGUUUUUGACGAACAGAAACUGAAGUGACCUACCUGCCCAGGGUUUAAUCAUCUCCUCCACCGCUCAGGGGGUCGGCUCCGUGCUCUCUACUCCUCGCGCCGGUGAGAUGGGCAGCGCGCGGCUAGCGUAGCCGGAGCAACAUAACGGAAUUAGCACGCGAGCGCCGCACAGGCCGCUAACUCACUCAGCGCUCGCGCGCGCGCGUGUGUAUAUUCAGGAGAGGCCAUGGGUCUGAUUGUGGCCAAACUCUGGAGCUUCUUCUGCAAUCAAGAACACAAGGUGAUCAUUGUGGGUCUUGACAACGCUGGGAAAACGACCAUUCUUUACCAGUUCCUGAUGAAAGAGGUCGUCCACACGUCCCCGACGAUUGGCAGUAACGUUGAAGAAAUCGUUGUGAAGAACACACAUUUCCUGAUGUGGGACAUCGGCGGCCAGGAGAGUCUUCGGUCCUCUUGGAACACUUACUACUCCAACACGGAGUUCAUCAUCCUGGUAGUUGACAGUACAGACCGAGAAAGGCUUGCUAUCUCUAAAGAGGAGCUGUACAGAAUGCUGGCGCACGAGGAUUUGCGUAAAGCAGCGGUAUUGAUUUUCGCCAAUAAGCAGGAUAUGAAGGGCUGUAUGUCUGCAGCAGAGAUCUCAAAAUACCUGACCCUGAGCUCCAUCAAAGACCAUCCAUGGCACAUUCAGUCCUGCUGUGCUCUUACCGGAGAAGGGUUGUGCCAGGGCCUGGAGUGGAUGACCUCAAGGGUUGGACUCAGAUAGCCUCUAACUUCCUCAUAGGACUGGCUUCAUUUACAGCCUUCACCACAAACAUCUGCCAGCAAAUCGGCCUCAUCCUGUCGGCUGCUUUUUUAAAAAUUAUAAUUAUUUGAUUUUAAACUUUUAAUCUCAUGAUCAGUGUUGGACCACCCUGGACAACUACCUCAUCUCGGAAUGACUGGAUGCUAGUUGAUUGGGCGAAAAGAAAUUUCACUUCCUUGGGACAUGCAAGUAAAAGAAGCGGAAAGCACAGAAUCUGAAAUGUUCCUGCAUACAGAGAGACAUGAGAUGCAUGUGUACUUUGAAAACUCAUUUUUGGAAAAGUUCUCUGUUCUAGUUUAUGAAAGUUGGCGGUUGUGAUGUAUUUUAUUGGACAAACAGUUUAAUGUUUUUUUCGUUUGUUUUUUUGGGGGGUCCCCCAAGAACAUUAAGUGGGGAAGUCUGUUACUCGGGAUGGGGGCUUGACGUGUGUGGUGUGUCUGUAACAAACUCAAAAACCACUACAUAUCAUAAACUCUCAUUACAUAUCAUGUCAAUUUACCUCAGUUGACAGCACUACAGACACUCAAGCAGCUAUCUUUUACCCAGCCUGUUGCAAAAUCACUGAACCGUGGGAAAAGGUUGAGUCAGUAAUUAAAAUUGCUUUUCUUUUAUUUCUCAGUUACUUGAGAUCCUCAGUGAGAUCCUUUUUUUUUAAAUAUUUUUUUAACCAUAUGUGUGCUGUUCCAUUUAAUUUUACACACUUGCAUUGCAGUUAUUAAUUAAAAACAUGGAUAAUGUGUUUUUAAGCUUACAUGAUGAUGAAACAUGGAUUAUGGAUAAACUUGAAAAUCUGGAUUUAGUGCUAGUUGUAUUUUGUUUUAACACUUCAGGUACCAGUUUGUAUUAUUUUAUACUGGUGAUUCAUAUGCUGCAUCAAAGCGGUUGUACUUAGACAGUUGUGUGUGUCUCAGGCUAAUGAGAAUUUUUGUUUUGAAGGCUGUUUUAAAUAAUACAUGCAAACUGAGAAUAAGUGAAUGGGGAGAUCUGUUCCACACUGAACAAUGGAAGCGUUCUUGAGCAGAUUCCUCUGUGAUUUUGAAGGAUUGGCUGUACACUCUAAAAACACGCAUAUAUUAAAUAUAUCUCUUUUGGAUAGUUGCUGGAAUCACUUGUGUGGGAUUAAUACUGCAAAAAUUUAUUAGAAACUCAUUGAAAACAGAAGAGAAGUGAUACUCAUGUCUAGAUCUAAAAAACAUUGAGCACAUUAAAAAAUACAAUGAACACAGGAACCAGAUGUUUCAUCUAUGCUUCAGUCUUUAUAGGAGUUUACAGUUGGGAUUAUUAGCAUAAUUCAUGCAUUGAGCUGUGCAUUCCUCUGCUUUUAUUUCUUAAACACUUUAAACUAUGCUGCCUGCUUGAAUACUAAACUCAAGGCCUUGCUAUGAGUUAACAUGAUUUUUCUUUUAUUGUACGGUUCCUGCAAACUUUUUUUUUCUUCUUUUCGUUUCACUUUUUUUUUCAUAAUGGAUUGGCAGGGAAACACCAGAGUCAGACUUCAGAGGCACAAGUUUUAAAUCUGCAGUUUUACUGAUUUCUUCAUUUCAUCAGCAAUUGAAUUCCCAUUCGAGGAAAUCUCAGAUGUGCCAUUUCAGCAUAAACAGGAUAAAUAUGUAUCAACUUUUAUAUGUCUGUAAUUUUAUAAUAAAUGCUUUUAUUUUGAACUUG